GACAGCUGGUGAUGGAUGUGGUCACCGGCAUCCGAGACAACCUGAAGAACUGGCGGACGGGCGGCGAAGCAGAAUGUCGCAAUACCCUCAUUCACCCGCACAGUACCCCGACGGACCCGAGCUCUGCGGACCUACUUCUGACGGCGUACCACACACUCGUCAGCGCGACGCUCCCAAGCUUUUCGCCGCAGCCCGCGCUGACCCCGGGGGAGCUCGCGGCAUUUGUGGAGGGCCUGCUGCAGAGCCUGCCGUCGUCUUCGAGCUCGUCAGAGAAGAGCGCACAGGCGGUAACGUUUGGAGAGCUGCUGGUUGAUUUGCUUUGGACGGUCGACGCGGCGUGGAACGAGAUUUCGCCUGAGAAGGACGAGAAGAGGAAGAAGGAGGAGGGCCAGGAGAAAGAUGAGAACCAGGAACGGGAGGAGAGCCUGAGAAAGGAUAGGGAGGCGCUUGCUGAGCUUGUCAAGGAGUUUUUGGCUCGAGGCAUCAUCGACCCUCACUUGUGCAGAGAGAGAUUGGAUUCCAACACUCUUGAGAGAGCCGGUCUUGUCGUGAGCAAGGCUACCUUUAACACGAAGGAAGUCCGGGUGCGAACGGGGCUGUUCUACAAGCAGAACAAGUUCAACCUUCUCCGCGAGCAAUCCGAAGGCUAUAGCAAGCUGACCACGGAGCUCACCAGCAGUAUCGGCCCUGCGCACUCACCCGCCACUGGCCGUCCCGUCGAGUCCUGGCAGGAGAUCGCCGCUCGUGCACAACCCGUGUGGGAGCACGUUGUGAGUCUCAUAGGUUACUUCGACCUUGACCCAAACCGCGCCCUGGAUAUCAUCCUCGACGUGUUCUCGGUGCAUAUCGAGACGCAUUACAGUUUCUUCUUGACUCUUUUGUCAUUCUCUGCCUGGUCAUGCGUAGAAUGCAAGCCUCGGGAGGAGGAUGCGAAGAUGGACACAGAUGGGGGUGACGGCGGUGGGCAGGAGGGGGCAAAGAAGGAGGAACCGGCGGAAUCCGAAUUCAAAGGCAAGUCGCUCGACGAGGUGCUAAUGAUCGCGGAGUCGAAGACACAGCCCAUAUUCGAACCCACCGCGGCUGCGAGUAGGCGGUCGAAAUCGCGAGUGAUGGCUCAGGUUUUGGGUUUCAAGUUUCGUUACUACCGAUCCCCCGGUGCUGAGGAACCUAAACGAAAUCUCUACCUCAUGGCUGCACUUCUCAUUCGCGAAGGAUUCAUCACACUAGAGGAGUUGUAUCCCCACAUUUGUCCUGAAAAGGAGGAAGAGGAUGAUAUGGACAAGGCCUACAAGGAGUAUCUCGCGUCUAUUAACUCGAGGAUAGACGCGGCGAAGCUCAGCCAGCUUGCUUUGGCGGCUCCCUUAGAGUCAAGCAACACGCCUUCGUCGAGCAAACCUCGUCCGGCGGCUCCCGCUGAGGCCAAAAAGGCUCCUGAGCCGAAAUCGACGGCGGAGCAGAAAGCCCGACUUCUCGAAGCUCUUUUGGCUGUGGGAGCCCUCCGGCCUGCUCUCUCAAUAUUGUCCUCAUAUCCUUGGCUGGUGGACGCGCACACUGAGAUCGCCGAUCUCUUGAUUCGUGUGCUCACGGAGAGCAUCGAACCACUCCACAAGUCAAUAUCGAGGCAGCUGAACCCGAGCUUCCGUCAGUCUAGUAUGCGGUAUUCAAAAGAGGCAGGUCGAGUCGUACAACCUCCUCCUCGCACAUUCAAGAUCACCUUGUGGGCGCCUACACCCCCUCCCACCUAUCAAACUGAGUUUGUAUACUUCUUCCCGUAUUGGACGGAGAGAGUCCCCGUCGCUCAAACCUUGGAAGACUUGGCUGAUGUCGUGGAACCCUUGCUGGCGUUCGUUCGCGUUCACGUAUCGCGUGAUGCAUCGUUUAUGACCAAGAUCGUACGCUUGGGUCGGCACCACAUAGCAACCACGGUGGAAGUCGACCCGACGACGAAGAAGCCUAUUGGCCAGCCGGACGGGGAACAUCCCAUUGUGAAGUUCUGGUUUAAGAUUGCAAGACUCUACGUGCUGCCUGCAUUGCCCCUUGUGCGCGGAAACGCAGUAUUAGCCGUGGAUGUUUGGACCCUCCUCAGGAACUUUGAAACGACGAUGCGAUGGCAGCUUUAUGGGGAGUGGCGGACGAAGACAUACGGAUCACACCCAGAACUCCGGGUCCGUCGGGUCCAAGCAGAUCGAGAGUCAAAAGCCAUCCUACGUCGCCUUUCCCACAACACUAUCGACACUUUGUCCGGGAAUGUCGCCAAACUUGCACACUCUAAUCCGUGCAUUUUCUUUGCAAAUGCUGUCAAUCAGAUCAUGGCGUACGAAAAUCUGGCGAACGUUGUUAUUCAGGUGUUGCGAUAUGUGACCAAUUUGGGCUUUGAUGUCCUAGUAUUCUUGAUCCUGGAUGCUUUUGCGAAUCCCAACAAAGCUAGGGUCAAAGAUGACGGAGUCAACACAGCCGAUUGGUUGACAAGCCUCGCAUCUUUUACAGGGAUGCUUUUCCGUCGGUACAGCGCAGACCUGACUUCUCUGCUCAAGUAUAUCGUGAACCAGCUUUUCAAUGGUGAGGUGACGGAUACCAUCGUCCUCCGGGAGUUGAUAUGGAGAAUGGCUGGCAUCGAGCCGUUGCCUAAUUUGAAUGAAUCGCAAAUAAUCGCCAUGGCCGGAGGACCGCUCCUUCGCAUUGAAGCUGUAGCAUCGACCACAAGAGGUGCUCGCCAGGAUCCAGGAGACGCUGCGCUCAAAGGUCCUGUCAGGCUUGCAAGGGCCUUGCUGGACUCGGGUUUGGCUUUGCCGCUACUCAUCCAAGUUGCGCAACUGCGACAGUCCUGCGUGUUCACUGGCAAAGACACGCACCUCAAGGCACUUGCGGGACUAUUUGAUGCGACGCAUGGGGUGUUCCUGCAAUACUUGGAACUCCUUUCGUCGCCGUCGGUGAUCGAAGCCCAUGAGUACGAGAAACUCAUACCGGCACUCGCGGAACUUGCUCAGACAUAUGGCAUUCGCGUUCCUGUCUGCAUGCAGAUCAUUCGUCCUAUCUUGCAUAAGAAAUUGCUAGCUGCUGCACUGGAGAUGCAAGAGAAGGAGCAAGAGAAGGAACGACUGGCUAGUGAAGAGCAGGAAAGACGCCUGAAGGCUGCGCUCACUGCAAAACGUGAACCUACCUCUGCUACAUCCAGGGUUGCUUCCCCUGCCGUUGGGGAAACAGCUGCGUCAGUGGACUCUCCGGAAGAUGGGAAGCCCUCUGUCUCUGCUUCCAAAUCUGACGAUGCCACAAUGGAGAAUAUGGAUGUCGCGCCUGGGAUGACUACUAAUGAGCCCUGGAUCCCCGAAUUGCGCCUUCUUUUUGAUGACGUUAGGAAGGUUCUCCCUAGGGAGGCAAGCCAGGUUAUUGGUCCGGCGUUCUACCUCACGUUCUGGCAACUUUCUACGUAUGACCUGUCCCCGCCAGGGAUUAGAUACGAGGAGGAAGUCAAUACAUUGAGAUCGCUCGCGCGGCAGGAGGAAAAUAAACAAAAUGCCGCUCAACGGUCCUCAGACAAGGCAAGGAGGUCAAUGCAAGGGUUACACAAGUCGAAGCAUGAGCGUUACAACGACUUCGCUAACAAGUUGACUCAAGAAUUGAAGGAGCAGACGGCUUCACGAGCGUUCACGCUCAAACGCCUUGCACGAGAAAAACAAUAUUGGUUCGCCCACAGUCGAACGGCUGGUGCCCUUGCUGCCGCAUUCAUCGAGUACUGUUUGUUGCCGAGGUGUCUCCUAUCCCCGAUGGACGCCGACUACUCUGCACAAAUUAUCAAGGUCAUUCAUAACAUGGGCACGCCAGGAUUUUCUACGCUCAUGGUUUACGACAAGCUGCUUGGAGAUCACGUUGGGGCAGUGCUUUUCUCGUGUAGCGAAUAUGAGGCAAGAAACUACGGGCGGUUUCUGCUGGGACUCUUGACGGACACUUUGAAGUGGUAUCAGGACGAGCAGUUGUUCAAUCAGGAAAAUCGUAGCAAAGCGGGCGGCAAGACAGUCUUACUCCCCGGCAUGCAAUACCGCUGGUCAUAUAAGGCCACUAUCUCCCAAGACGAUCUUAUGAAAUUCCCGGACUGGCAAAAGGUGGUGAAGAAAUGGCAUAGAAAGAUAGGGAAUUCGCUUCGCGCUUGUAUUAAGACGGGCGAAUUUAUGCACGUAUACAAUGCUAUCGUUGUACUGAAGGAGCUAUUGCCUGUAUUCCCUCUCGCUGCUGUAGUGCCGACGGCAGGACAUGAGCUUGACAAGUGCAUGCGAGAGUUCCUACAGAAGGAGGAGCGGGGUGACCUCAAGAUUCUUGGACGGGCGUACCACGCGAGUCUGCAAAAACGAGAGUCGUUAUGGGCUGUACCGGAGCUUAAGGACGCCCAGUCCACUUCGGCUUUGGCAAGACCUCCCGUCUCACAGACCGACCACACAAGGACGACUGGUCCACCCAAUGGGGCCGAGGCCGGUGCGUCCAAUGCCCGUGCUGGGGCACCACAGACAACAGCUCCUAUUGCGCCACGCGCACAACUCGCGGGAGUAAAUGGGGUGACGCAUGGACCGGGAGAUAAGUCAAACGCUGGAUCGGGCUCUACCAGGAGUGCAUUAGACAGCAUCCCGCGGCCUGAGGUCGUUAAGCGAAUUCGGCCAGAAUCCAGAAAUGGGGAUACCGCGUCUGCCCCUGAUCGCCCCUCGUCUCUGCCAAAUAAGUUAGAAGCUAUGGAUGUCGACUCCUCUCCUGGACGUGCAGACAAUGUCCCCUCCGGGCCGAAACCCUCCGACGCUCCACCUCAGGCGUUCGAGACAUAUCGCGACCCGCCACCCCUUCUAACACAGGGUCUCCUCAUCCUCAUGCAAAUCGAGACAGGCCUUAUGAAAACGGCGCUCAUGUUGAAGCGCAACCCGUUAUGCCUCCUCCGUCUGUGCCAAGUCAGACCGUUUCAGCUCAGGAACUCCGUGAGACGGCACGACAAACCAUUGCACCAAGGUCUGCUGCUGAGAAGGACGACGAGGCGGUGCCACCCCAGGGUUCUCGACGGCGGCCGUCGUCGCCCCCAACUCGACCUGGUACUCGGCCACCGAGCGUCGAGAGUCGCGGAAGUGGGGGUCGGCCUCGGUCAGAGACGGGGAGGACGGAUGACAGGAGAUCCGAGAGGGAUGCUCGGCGGGACGCCCGGGAGCCGGCGCCCUCAGAUCGUCGUGACUCUCGAGAUCGCAGUGCGCGAGACCGAGAUGCCGACCGCGAAAGAGAUAAAGACCGGGGUCGUGACAGGCAUGGUGAGAGAGACAGAGAUCAUGGCCGUGAUCGAGAACGGGAGCGUGAUAAGGAACGCGACCGCGAUAGAGAUCGCGGCGAGCGCGACAGGGACAGAGACCGGGACAGAGACCGAGAAAGGGAUCGUCACCGAAGGGAUUACAAAGAUCGGGAACGCGAUUCUAGGAAAGACCGUGGACCCUCGAGUGCUCUUGGUUCCGUUGGCUUUGAUGAUCAUGGGUUACCCCAGAGGCCAGAUCCGUCAAGACAUCGUCCUGCAGGCCAUGAUGAUCCUAGUAGAAGGAGGCGCCUUGACGAAGAUGACUCCGACCGAGGCCCCAAGCGAGCGUCGCGAAGGGAAGGGCGUGACACCCAUCGCGACGACCGAGCACGGCGUCCAUCUGACAAGGAUGGUCAUGAUCGAGCAAGAGACUCUGAUAGGCGUAGAAAAGAUCGCGACGGCCUCGACAGUGACAACCGAAGCCAUUGACAAGCGGGUGCCGGAAGGCCCCUCGACAAAGGCGUUACCCCCGACUACUCCCUCAGCUCCGCGAGCCAUGGCUUCUGCUGAUAUAUCCCGGAGCAGCAAGUCGGAUCCCUUGCGAGAGAGGGAUAGGAGACCCUCCAGGGAUUCAGGUCCGCAUCUCUCUCAGGGCACACCCCCUGCUGGCCGUCCUCCAGAGCCUGUUGGGGGUAGCUUGCGAGCCAGGAUAAGUGACAAGGAAGGCUCGCGAUCAAGCGGUCAAUCCUCGGAACUCCCUUACCGGGUUGAGACGGACAGGACGCGUGCUGAUAGUACAAGAGACAACGACCGUGAUGCCGGCAGGAAGAGGACCCUUUCUGAGCGUGAAAGGGAAGGUAAUGAGGCGCCUGUUAGUGGUCCACCAGAGCAGCAGGGGCAACCUCCCAAGCGACCUCGCGUUGUGCAAAUUAAUCGCAACCGUUACGGACAAUCCACUCAGUCAAGUUCUGCCUCAGCAUUGGCUCGGAAGGGACUACCUAUAGAUCCUGCCCGAACGGACAAACCCAGAGGUGGAAGGGACGAUUAA